UGACAACAUAACUCAACUGUCAUUUUUUUUUAUAAUUACAAAAUCAAAACAUAAACAAUAAAACAUUUUCCCAUUUAACAAGUUUUUCUGCAAAAGGGAGGUUUCUUAGAAUUAACUUAAAAUGUCAGACUCACUAAGCAUACCUCAAAAUAUAUGCAGAACUUGUUUGCGUGUUCUUAAGCGACCCAGAGACUUAUUUGAUCAGCAGUUGGAUCUUGUAAGCAGAAUCAAGAAUAUUUCCAAUAUAGAGCUACAAUAUACUCCGGAACUCCCCAGCCACAUAUGCGAUGAAUGCUUUGAGAACAUCAAUGGCUUCUAUUGUUUCCGUAAAAUACUCUUACAUUCAGAUUACGAUUUAAAAUCCCGUCUCGAAACACUUAAAAGAACGAACUAUAAACCAAAACCCCGUAGCAAACCUGCAUUUGAUGACCUAGAUUAUGAUAAUGAAAACCAUUCCAUUGCUUCAGACUCUCCUUCCUUGUCAUCUUUAGAUAUAAAAGAAGAAAAACCACCGGAAAAAGAUCCUGAUGAAGUGGCAAGAGAAAAUGCUGAAAUACUAAGAACCCUUGUAUUAAAAAAACUUUUCAAAUGCCGAGCCUGUGAUCAAGUAUUUAAAUCCAAGUUUAAACUGAAUAAUCACAAAAGAGCCGAACAUACUGCCAAGGGAGUGUGUAACAUUUGUGGUAUAGUUGUAAGGAUAGAUAAUUUAAAAAAACAUAUUAAAUUACACUCAGAUCAGCCCUGUACAUGUGAUGAAUGUGGCAGGGUAUUUAAAAAUUCAGAAUCAUUAAGGACACAUAAAUUCGUGCAUACAGGAAACUCAUACACUUGUGAAAUUUGUGGGAAAUGUUUCAAACUUAGGUCAGAGCAUACCAGGCAUUUAAAGAAGCAUAUUGAUCCAGAUUUCCAAAAAGCUCAAUGCUCCCUGUGCGGCAAAAAGGUGAGAGAUCUCAAGAAACACAUGCUGACUCACACUGGAGAAAAACCGUACGUCUGCACGUUUUGUAACAAAGGUUACGGCAGUUCUUACGCCCUAAAAAUUCACAGUAGACAACACACCGACGAGAGACCGUACAUUUGUAACCAUUGCGGCUACGGAUUUCCCCAGAAGGUUUCUCUGAUAUCACAUAUUAAGCAUAAACAUUGUUUAUACAAAUAGUUUUAGGUAACAAUUUGUGCUAUACAUAUAUAAGUUUUUAAAUUAGUGGAUAUAUUAGGUUCUAUUUAUUUUUUACUUUUUGUAUAAAGUGCAAACCUGUUUUAACCAUUCUUUUUAAUAGAAAAAUUACACGAUUUUA